CGCCGUGAACUUGAAAAAAUUGGAUUUGGGACUUUUCCUCGUCUUACUGUGUUCCAAAUUGAUUUUAAAUUAGUGAGUAUGCUUAUUAAAAAUUAUGACAAGAAAUCUCGGAGUAUUAACGUUGGUGGUGUUUCAAUACCGCUAUCACCAGAAGUUGUUGAGUCAUAUUUUGGUUUGUCGAGGCAUGGUAUGAUAUUUCCGAAGAAUGUUGAUGUGGGUAAAAAGAAGCACACAAGUUUGUUUGCUGAUGAAAAAGGAAACCUCAUGGGGUAUUAUGAGCUAAAGGAAUAUGUUUCCAACUGCAAGACAACCGAACCUGAAUUUGUCGUACCCUAUUUGAUGCUACUGUUUGCGACAGUGUUGUUUCCACGAACUAAGGAUAAUGAAAUUUUCGAUGAUCCAAUCACCACCAUCAGUUUUACAACGGAUGAUGAUGCUGAAAAAUGGUACAUCAAUUACGCAACGAAUGCAGGCUUCGAUGUACGAAGAUGCAGUCGCAAGACUACAAAAACGGGGUUCGUAAAGAAUAGGCAGUGGGAGUGUUCAUGUGCAGGAUUUAGACGUAAAAAAUCAAACGGAAUACAAUUAAUUCGAAAGGAGAAACCAAACAUCAGAUGUGGUUGCAAAGCUGGAUUACGUAUUGCACAUGAUAUCAGUGGCGGAGUGUACUGGAUAACACAUUUAAAUACGACACACAAUCAUUCUCUUGCGACUUCGGAAACAGCACACCGUCUUAAGUGCAACAG